AUGCCAAGCGCUGGAAACUAUCUCCACUGGAUUACUGUAUCUCAUACAUUACCUCUCAUUGGAUUUAUUACAUCUAUUACAUUAGGUCUCACAGUAUUGGUUCUUAACUUUUGUGGGGCUCAAAAUAAGUUUGGACCGUAUAAAUACAUUCUCAACUCGUUCACCAUUUUCGGUAUGAUAUUUGCAAUUAUGGAGAUUAUUGUUUAUCCCAAUGUCCAUAAUUACAACGCUGGCUUCCUUGUCUUCACAUUCGCCGAACCUUUCGGUGUAAUGGAUCUAACAGUGCGACGAAUAUUCUUAGCCAGCUACAUGGUUUUCUACGCUGCUACAAUAGCUUUGCUUUCCACUCAAUUCCUUUAUCGGUAUUGGGGUGUUUUCGCUGUGUAUAAACUGCGGUACUUCAAACGGUUCUAUUGGCUAUUCUGGCCAGUAUUUUGUUCAUACUUUGGUCUACAAUACGCCCUGGGAACCUCGUUUUGUUUCAAAAUGGAUAAUACAUCCAUGGAAUAUUUCCAAGAAGAAAUGCAAUAUCGAUAUGACUGGAAUAUUUCGGAAAUUCCAGCUAUGGCAUUAGUGGCAUAUGAUCCAUCUAAUGGAAUGGUCCGGUGGAAAAAUGUGGCAGGGGUCAUUAAUAUUGUCUUCAUUGUUAUUUCCUUAUACGGUAUCAUGAUGUUUUGUGGAUGGUCCAUGUAUUUUAAAAUGGAGGAAAAGAUUCGAAACUUUUCUGAUGAACUCAAAAAGCAUCAAAAACAAUUAUUCAAGACUUUGGUUCUCCAGAUCACCGCACCAACGAUUAUAUUGUUCACGCCAGUAUUUGUCAUAAUACUCAUGCCAUUCUUUGACCUACCCGUUAGCGUUCCUUCUGGAGCAUUCUUGUGCACAUUCAGCUUAUAUCCAGCAAUGGAUUCAUUAAUUGUGAUGUAUGUAGUGUCACAAUACCGUCAAACAACAAGAAAAUUGUACCAAGAUUUUAAAAAGGCUAUGGAGAGUUUUAGACAGGCUAGAGCGACUGUUCAUCAUGCUGUUCCCACCACGACUGCUCAUAGCAAACUACCUCAAAAUCCUCAUGGCGGACAAAGCAAUCUUUCAAGGCAUACAACAGUCGUUCAGACACUAUAA